UUGACGUUAACUGUUUGUGGUGUUUUGGGUUGUGUUUGCGUGUUUUAUAAAUGUUUCAUUUCUAAUUCGAAUUUUAUAAAACUGUAGCGAAUACAGUAGACUACAAAUAUAACUCCAUUCAAUACUAGUUAUACCUGUACAACUAGUGUAGUUGUAGAAUAAGUACAGUAUUUAUCAAUCGGAAUGAAUAUUCUCCCAAAGAAAAGAUGGCAUGUAAGAACAAAAGAAAAUAUAGCACGAGUAAGGAAAGAUGAAGCCGAAGCUGCCGAAAAAGAGCGUCAGGAAAAAUUGCGAAUAGAGCAAGCUGAUCGCGAGGCACGCCUUAGUGUUUUGAAAUACAAAAGCAAAGAAAAAUUACAAGAAUACGGCAUAGUCCAAUCAAACUCGGAGCCUGUACGAGAUACAGCAAAUGAACAUAUCAACUUGUUUGCAAAUUUAGAUGAAGCUGUUAAAACUACAAAUAAGGAUCAUGACAAUGAAGCAAAAGAAAAAAAAGAAGAAUACGAGAAAAAGAUUGGUUACUUGACAUAUCUCGGACAAGACACCAAUGAAGCUCUUGGUAAAAAGAAUUGGUAUGAAGUAGCACCAGAAACAUCCCGAUACUCUAGAUCAAGUAAUAUUAAGGAUACUUAUGAUAAAUUAGUUUUGAAGGAUACUGAUGGUAAACCUAAAGUAAAAGAACCAGAUGUAAAAGAUGGAGAGGUCAAUUAUAAGCGAAAACAGGAGCUUGACCCAAUGAAUGCAUUUAAACAUCUUCAUAAAUAUGAUAAAAUCAAAAAAGAUUGUAAACCACCUAAAGAACAAAUUAAAAAAGAUAAUGAUGAACAGAAGAAAAGGAAAUACAAAAAGGAUAGUAAAGAAGAUAAAGAAAUGAAAUUACAAAAGCUAAGAGAAGCUCGACUGAGAAGAGAACAGCAAGAGAAAUACAGAACUGAAUUGUUUUUGAAAGGUCUUCAUAAUUCUAAUGAAACUAAAGAAGUUGAUAAAGAAACAAGAUUGAAACCUAAAUACAAUUCACAGUUCAACCCUGAACUGGCAAGGCAAAAUUAUAAAUAAAUCUUCUAGAAAAUAGAAACAAUGAAGUUAAUAACAUAGUGGAAUAUAUUUCUAUCAUACUUUUGUUUAUUUAUAACAAAUAUGAUUUCAAUGAACAAUAAACUUAUUUUAUUUUU